AUGCAACUGCCAGUCCUUGUUCAUGAUCAGAUCAACUUUUGGAAGCGAAGUGACUGGAUUAUUGGGUCUCCGGCCGUUCUCGAGCCCUAUUGGCUCGGUGGAGACUCCAAGGUCGUUAGCGGUCGA